AUGAAAGCCUUCAAAAUUGACAAGGAACUGAUCAAGGCCUUUUGGUUACGGUUCAGUCUUCAAACCGUGCUAGUCAUCGUCCUUUCCAUGACUUUGGCCUACAACUUCCUUGUUCCGCUUGUCGAUUGCAAGUUUACUGCUGUAGACGUGCCUCAUCAUCUUGUUGACGGUUAUGGGGAACCCACUGAUAAUGAAUUCAAGCACAUCAUUUCUGAUAUCUAUUAUCAGCAUCUUGACGAGUACCAGGUAAAUGACUCGAGGUUUAUCUACUUGAUUCCAAACUUUCGAGUCACCCACUCAGGGGCGACGGUGACGUACCAGCAUGGCGUGUCGGAAGACUCAUAUUCCCUCAGAAACAUUGAUGGUGCCACCUUUGAAGCAAGAAGAGGGGUUGAGUUUAAAUCUCUGAAGGCCAUAGUUGCGUUCAACAAACUUAACAAGAUCAACACCGAAAUGAUUGGUCUUAUGAAAAGAGGUAUAGACAUCUUUCAUGGCGAGGGGGCUCCUCUGGACUCCUUGUUUGAGAAGAUGCUUGUGCUCAAAGGCUUCCAAUUGGCGAUUGUGAUUUGCAGUUCCUUGUCCCUUUUUGGGUGUUUGGUGAGAGCGGUCAAGGACGCGCCACCGGUACGCUAUGUGCUUGCGGGAUUACUUGGAAUCAUGUCUAUUUUGAUUCUUGGGGAUAUGAGUACGAGAUGCUCAAUUCACGCAUCUGCUAAAUAUCGUACUUUGCCAUUAUACAUCCUCAAUGCUUUGCUCUAUGUGGCGUUCUAUGUGUGUCAAGCAUGGGAGUUGGUAAAGGAGAAUGUUGCAGCUGAUGAAGGAGCCGUUUCUUCUCAAGAGAGCAACUCAAAACAGAAUUCACUAGGAGCUAUUUCCAUUAAAAGAUUAAAUGAUCCAAUACUUCUCUCUUCUAACGAUACUGGCUCCAUAGACAGUGAGGCUAAAGGUGCACCUAGAAUUGAUAUGAUAAACAAUUCGUCCUCUUCUGCGGAGAAAAGACUGCGGGAAAGUCUUCGCCUCACCAGGAAGAAAGCUAGACGUAUGGCCAUCUCUCAUUCGAAAUCUCAAAGCUCCUUAUCCGUUUCUCACAUGAGCGCUGGACACACGGGUUCCAGUCAACUUGGAAAAGAAAAACCCUAUCUUACCGACAACAUGCCUCAUUUGCCAGCUGUCGAUAUGUCGCUGCUGAAAUACAGCAGUCUGGCCGUUGCGGAGCUGGGAAGUGGAAAUCCGCACUUAAAUAAUUCAAAGUCACCGGAUAAUCCCGUCAAAACUGGCAGCGAUGGUAAUUCUGCUACAGAAUCACAAGAGUUGUGCUUCAAUUUCAACGGUGAUGACGAGGGUACUCCUGACGCAACUACUAAUCACACCCCAAAAAGCAUUCGCAAACUCAGCAACACGUUGCAUGUUGAGGACAAACAAGUAAGCCCGGUACAAAAGGUCUUCCCUUCUGACUUCAGCAGUCUUCAAACCGAGCGCACAGGCAAGCAAACCUCAGUCUUCCACGAGAAUAUCGAUGAAGAUUGA